AUGGACCCCUACUCCGCCGAGAGCGAGCUCAUCAACAUCCAGAACCACUUCUAUCAAGGCCAAUACUCUGCUGUAAUCGACUACGACAUCAGCAGCCUCUCCCCGGAGAACCACACGGCCGCCCAGGUCCUCGUGCUACGCGCCAAGAUCGCGCAGGGCGACGCCUCCGACGUCGUCUCCGAAGUCGAGGGUGCCGCCGAGCCCGAGCUGGCAGCCGUCGGCGCGCUCGCUACAUACGAGCUAGGGGAGACGGAGGAAGCCGUCAAGGUCGUGGAGAAGCUUGCGGAGGAGGCAGGGGAUAAUGCGACGGUGCAGGUUUUGGGGGGGAUUGUGUUGCAGAGGGAGGGGAGGAGUGAGGAUGCGUUGAACUUGCUUGGGAAGCAUGAGGGUAGCCUCGAGGCCGUUGCGUUGAUUGUCCAGAUCCAUCUCACGCAGAACAGGAACGAUCUUGCGCUCAAGGAGGUUAAUGCUGCGAGGAGGUGGGCUCAGGAUAGUCUUCUAGUCAACCUUGCAGAGUCGUGGGUUGGCAUCAGGCUGGGCGGCGAGAAGUACCAACAAGCAUUCUACGUCUUCGAGGAGCUUGCGCAAGCGCCAUCCACUUCUUCGGUCCGAUCCCUCGUUUCCCAGGCCGUUGCGGAGUUGCAUCUCGGGAGGCUCGAGGAGGCCGAGUCUGCGAUCGAACAGGCUAUCAAGACCGAGCCUAAAUAUGCCGAUGCCAUUGCGAACUUUCUGGUUCUCUCCGUAGUGUCCGGAAAGGACCCCAAGGAAAUCGCCCAGAAACUGAAGCAAGUCGACCCUGAGCAUGCGUUUUUGGUAGAUCUAGAAGAGAAAUCGAGCCUGUUCGAUAAGGCAGCGGCCAAGUAUAGUGCAAAGGCGUCUUCUUAG